CUAUAUAUAUUUAUUGAGUAUAUUUAAGUGACAUUUUGAUAAGUUAUUUUCAUUAAAAUUGAUAAUAUAACUUUCUAAAUAAUGGAUUUAGAAGCAUCAUUAGUUGAACGUUUACAAAAGCUAAGACAAUGGCAAAUCGAACAACAGGAACGUCUUAUAAGACAGCAACAAGAACAAAGAGAAAAAUUGACUCAGGAACAGUUACGCAUGUAUAAAGCUUUAAGACUACCCAUCCAGGAAAUAGGAUUGGAUAAUAGAACAUUGUGUGAAAAUAGCUGGUACGAAGAUGCGUGCUCAAGUAUGAAUACAACUGAUCGUACAGAACAUAGUAAUCAAGAACAAUCUGCGAAUGAUAAUAGUGAGAUAAAUAAGUCUGAUUAUACAUCUUCAUUUUCUAAUUUUAAUACAAGCUCUGUUGAUGAAUCUUUUCAAGAAAAGCAUUCUCCAAUCGAAUUGAAUAAAUCUUCAAUUAAUGUUAAUAAACAAAAUUUAAGUAAACUCAAAUAUCAAGUAGACGACGAUGAAAAUGAUGCCAACAAUGAUUCAAGUAAUGAAAAUAUACAUAUGAGAUCUGAAAAAAAACAAAUUCAUCUGAUUGACGAUUUAUUAGAAGGAAUAGAACCAUUACCACCUGAUAUCAAAACAAUAGAUGGAGAUAAAAGUGUUUUAAUUGAUGAUGUUCCAGUUCCAUCCUUAAAGAAAGAUUUUCAAACUUUACUAGAAGAGAAGUUGGAAGAAUAUGAGCCGAUACUUAACAAGGAAUUAAAUAAUAAAAUGAAAAAUCCAAUUAAAAAGCCAUUUUUAAAAAAAGGACAAGGCUUAGCCAGAUUUAGAAUGACUGAAACGUCCAAAAACAUUCCAAUUAAUAUUAAAUCUUAUAAUACUCCUGUAUCGAGUAAACAAGUUACUAAUAAGCAAAUAAAUUCCACAGGUAACAAAAAUGAUAGUACAAAAAAUAAGAAUAAGCAUAAGUUAUCAGUGGAUGUUCCUUCGAGAAAAUGUACUACUAUUACUAAGGUGGCACAACAAAAAUUAAAUUUAAAGAAUGUCCCUCCUCCACGUAAAAUUUAUUCUGGAAGAAACGAGACUGUAUUAUCAAAUAUUGAAUCAAAUAUAAAUUCAAGUAUUAUUGAAAUAAGCAGUUCUGAUAUUGAUUUGAAAACGGAAAGAGAAAUGGAAGAAGUAAGGAUAUUUGAACUUUUAGAAGAAAAAGCUGAAAAUUCUAGUUUGUGUUCAACCUCGAGUACUGUAGUUGCAUUUCUACAACAAUCAACGCCUUUUAAGAUAAGACAAAAAAUUAGAGAUACAGAAAAUAAUUUGAACAAUUCAAUACAAGAAAAUAUUGUUUACAAAGUUAGUCCUAGAAGACAUCAAUUGACUAGUUCUAAAGUAAUAUCACCAAUUCAAAAAUCUGAAUCUGAUGUUAAUUCUUUUUGGGAAACAAUCCCUAGAAAUAAUUCACAUGAGAAUACAGAAAAUAUGCAAAUGUUGAAAAAACAAGGUAUAACUAAUACUUUAUUAAAAAAUGAAAAAGCUGAUCAAAUGUUCAUCCAAAGUCACGUAGAACAGCAUGUACACGACGAAACGAAUUGUGACGAAGUAGAUGUAAGUUUACAUGUUAGAUUUUCUGAAUAUAAUGAAUAUAAAACUAUCGGAUUAACUGAUACUUCUAGUGUAUCUAGCGAAUCUUCAUCACAGAAAAAUUAUAACGAUGAGAAAGCUUGGAGUGAUUGCAGCGAAUUAUCGGAUUCCUCGGAAACAAAUAUGCAAUCAAUAGAAUGUGAAACACUUAAAACAGAUGAAAACACAGGUGAAAUCUGUGACUUCAUCGAUACGUGUACUAAUGAGAUAAAGAAAGAGGAAAUGAAUCAACAUGAAAUAAAAGAAACGCAGGAAACUAUUUUUAAAUCUGAACUUUUGAAAAAUCGUUUAUUAGAAUUAGAAAAAGAAAUAGAUAUUUUUCGCAAAGAAAAUACAGCUUUAUCAUUGCAACGUCAAAAAUUGCAAGAAGAUCAUCGACUUUUUUUAAAACAAAUAAAAGAAAAAGAAUUAAUAUUAGAGAAUGAUAAAAAAAAAAUGGAAGAUCGUGUGCAGGAGGAAAAAAGAAAAUUAAUACGCGAAAAGAGUGUACUUGAAUCAAGAUUACGUGAUUUUCAAGAAAAGGUUCAUCAAAAUAAAAUGGAAAGACAACAAAUUCAUGAUUUAAAAGAACAAUUAGAAAAAUUACAAAUUGAAUUUAAAAACAGAGAAAGUAAAUGGAAUGCGACACAAGCAAGACACAGAAGUCAAAUGAGAAUAUUAAAAUUGGAAAAUCUACAAUUGAAGGAAGAAGUGGAAAGAUUAACAAAAAUAAAAACAAAUAAUCUUAAAACUAUUAAGAAAGUUGGUAAAUUUUCUAAUACAAAAGCCUUGCAUCAAAUUAAUAAACAACUUAGUGAAGAAACAAAAGAAAUUAUAAAAAAUGAUUCAUCGUUAGAAGAUGAUGACAAAAUGUUGAAAACAAUGUUGGAUGCUAUAAAUUCGGAACAUGAACAUAAAGAAAAAGACUAUGCAAUAAAUAAUCAUAGUAAUGAAGAUCAUAAGAAUAAUAAUAAUAAUACCGAUAUUCCUAAACAGUAUGAACAAUGCAUGCAAAAUAUUACAAAAAAACGUGAUUUAUAUGAAAAUUUAUUGAAGGAUGCUACAACAUCAUCAGAUUUGAAUAAAUUAAAAUGUGAAACAAAUGGUAGUAAAAAGAAUCAAAAUAAAAAAGAAAAUGAAAAUGAAAAUAACAGGUCACAGAUAGAUAAAGAUAAAUGCACAAAUAAAAAAGAUAAAGUUACACAAAAUUAUGAAGAUGAUAAUGAUAUAUUAAAAACUUCUCAAAAAUUACCAUUAGCAUCCAUUUCAUCUAAGGAAUUAUUACAUAUGCAAGAAAAAAGUGUUUCUCCGAAAGAACUUAGAACUAAUGAGCAACAAGUGCAAUGUAUUGAACAUCCUAAUGGUUGUACAGAAUUUUGGUAUCCAAAUGGUAAUGUAAAAAAAGUUUUUCCUGAUAAAGGUAUAACAAAAAUGUUAUAUUAUAAUGGUGAUGUUCGUGAAACGCGAAAUGAUGGAAAAGUAAAAUAUUUUUAUGCGUCAACACGGACAUGGCAUACAACAAUGCCAGAUGGGCUUGAAAUUUUAGAAUUUCCAAAUGGUCAAGUGGAAAAGCGUUCGCAAAAUGGCAUGGUUGAAAUAUCAUUUCCAGAUCGUUCGACACAAAUAAUACAAGUAGAUGGAUAUGAAAAGUGGGAAUUGCCAGAUGGAACAAUUUCAGAAACCUUUGCAAAUGGAGAAAAAGUUGUUAUUCUACCUAAUGGACAACGAGAAAUACAUACAAAAGAUCAUAAAAGACGAGAAUAUCCUGAUGGUACAGUUAAAUUGAUUUAUCCAGAUGGUAUACAAGAGACACGUUAUUCUAAUGGUAGAGUAAGACUUAAAGAUCAAGCUGGUAAUCUUUUAAUGGAUUGUCAUUAUUAAAAAAAAAAGGAUAUUCGUAUUAUUGUCAUACAAUGAUAUAAACUAAGAGUAUUAAAUUGAAAAUAUAAAUUAUAUGUAUCAUAUAAUUUAGAAAUGCAACUAUUUGUGUAUGAUAUAAUGUAUAAUUAUUUUUAUCUGGUAUCAAUAAAACAACAAUUGAAUUUUA